GCUAGUGCGUGUCCUGCGGGCAGGGGGCUGUGCCUGACGUCCCCGGCACCCAGGCUGCCGUGUGCCAGAACAGUGCGGCUCUGGAGACGAGCCCAGAGAAGCAGCCUGGAGCCAGUGCGGGUCCAGCAAUGCCCGCUUUGGGACCUGCACCUGUUUCGCGCGGCUGCGCCGGCCGGGCAGGGCAGAGGCCAGCGGCCAGCCCGGGGAGCAGCCUGGCUGCCCGGCACCGAGCGGGGCUGGCAGCGCCCCAGGGCCGCUCCUCCGGCCCGCGGGAGCCGCGUCUCCCCGGGACUCGGCAUGUCUGGGGCAGAGGACCCUGAAGGCGCUGGGACGUGCCCGGAGGAUGUCCCCUCCCUCAAGGAAAUCGAGCAGCUCCUGAACAGCGGGCGGCCCUCUUGCAAUCACGUUGAUGAAGUGUGGCCUAAUCUCUUCUUAGGGGACCUGGUAACAGCACACAAUAGAUUUGUUUUAUGGAAGAUGGGCGUGACCCAUGUUUUAAAUGCUGCCCAUGGCACAGCAUACAGCCACGGAGGCCAGGACUUUUAUGGAGCAACCAUUGAUUAUUAUGGUGUACCAGCCCAUGACAUGCCAAGCUUUGAUAUCAGCCAGUUCUUCUUCUCUGCUGCACAAUUUAUCCACAGUGCCUUGAACACGCCAGGAGCCAAAAUAUUGGUACAUUGUGCAGUUGGAGUAAGCAGAUCAGCUUCUCUAGUCCUAGCAUAUCUCAUGAUAAAUCACCACCUCCCAUUAGUUGAAGCCAUCAAGACAGUGAAGGAGCAUCGAUGGAUCUCACCCAAUCGUGGUUUCCUGAAGCACCUGCGAAACCUGGAUGUUCAGCUACGGCAAAGGAAGGACUGCUGAACAGGCAACCCCAUCUGCAUUCACUUUACUGAGCUUCACCCUUCAGAGCCAUUGUGCAUAUAGGACUUCCCACCAUCAGUGCACAUUACAAAAUUAAAAUGAUGCAUCAAAAUAAAAGGCCAACAGAAUGGUAAAUGGAUUAAUUCUGAUAGCGCAGUCCCUCCAAAACAGCACAGCCAACAGCAGCACUGUAACUGCUGCAUGGGGUGGAACUGCUGUGCCUCAGUGGUGCUACUGGCUGAAUCCACUGAAGUGGUUAAGACAGACCAAGUUUGUCCCUGGUUUCUGCUCAUGCCAGAGGCAAGUUCAAUAUUUGCAUCUAGCUGUAAAGGAUGUUUGAGUCCCCUUUACCUGGGAGUGUAACAUAAUCGUCUUUCUCAGUCUGGUUACAGUUUUCACAUGCAUGUUCUCCUAGGGAAGAUUUUGUGUUUCAGGCCUGAUGAUGUGACAAGGGAAGCUUCUUGGAAGCCCAGGCACUCCUACAGAAACCUUCCUCUUUUCCUCAUCUGCUAAAUAUUAUGGUGUUAUAGAAAGCUGUGACAGCCACAAGACCCACACCAUCAGAAUAAAUGUUUGUAGUGCUGCUGCAGCCUGGGUCAGCAAACCCCAUGAGUCUUUUCUUCUUAAAUAUGUUUUCAAAAAGAUAAUGUAUGUCAUGUAGUAUAUUAAGGACAUUAAAAAGAAAAUGUCAGGUCUUCAAAGCAUUUUGUAAGUUGGACUCAUCAGUUUGCUUGCACUCCAAAUUAUCCCAAAUCAGUUCUGUGUCAGUGGCUUUGGAUAACCCGUGGUUUAAUAUCAGGUAGAAACUUAGUUUACAUCAGUGGCUUGGCCUAAUUGAUACAAAUUAGUUUUAAGCUGUUUAGAGGAUGUCACUUUUCCUGUCAGGAGUUAAUCAGUAGUUAAACCAAUGUGACUUUUAAUACAGCAAUAGCUCUUGAAAUUCAUGCUACCACUCUGCCUGAAAAUUAGCUUGUUACCUUCUGGUGAACCAUGAAGUGAUAAUCAAAUUUGGUUUUGCCCUUUGCUGCUGGUGGGAUUUAUUGAUUAGUUGACCUUAUAAAGAUUCCCUGCCAGAUUAAAUAAAUACAUUUCUGCUUGCUUGUUUG